AUGCUCUCUGCCAUUUCUCGACGGUAUAAAAAGCUACAGAAUAGGGAAAAAGGACAGUCUGAUUCCGACAUGCAACAGCUGCUUCUGUUAGCUGUCGUACUCGUGGUUGGCUGUAUCGCUGAUGAGGUAAAAAACGCUACCGCUGAAGGUAAUUACUACCCCAACCAGUGCAGUGAACCUCCCUGUCAGAAUUAUGUUCCUCCACCACCUCCACCACCUCCUCCAAGCUACAACUCAUAUGUCGGCUACCAGUAUAUUCGUCCUCCUCCACCACCUUUGAUAGACCGAGAAGUAUGCGACCUGGAUGCGUCGGUAUUGUUGGUUGUGCCGUCCAAACGGCAUCGGGAUCGUGAUCGUCUUAAUCGAGCACAUAGAGUCAGGUGUUCUGUAAUCGCAAGCUAUGAUGAGGAUUCGUGCAAUAUUUGUUGCCAGCAUGCUGCAAGACGGGAUAAAAAUCUAGAGAACAAGCAAUUUGUCGGAUUUUUGGCAUUGAGUGAUGAUUUUGAAACCCAUGAUAGGAGGCGAGAACGUGAACGAAGCAGCGAGGAGCAUCACGACGAUGAUGACCGGGACCAUCGGAGGUACAAGCGCCACGUCGAGCGGGAUGAGGAGCAUCCCGACAUAGACGAGCCAAUCAGAGUGCACGAGACGGAAUACCAACACCCUCCAGCCUACACCAAUAUGAAAUGUGUAUGUUGUGCGCCAAAACGUCCUCUGCCUCCACCUCCACCUCCACCGCCCAUACAUGGACAACCUCAUCAGAUUUACCAAACACCGGUCUACUCACAGCCAAAUUAUGCGCCACCAGUCUAGUCGCCAUCUCCGAGAAUCCUCAGUAUUAUUUAAAGUAAAUAGUGUAUUUAUUUGAUGA